AUGGCAACUCCGAAUCCGACUGCGCUCGUGAAGCGCUCAUCCGACACCGCCCUCAUGCCACCUCCGCCUCUACCAAAGCGACAGAAGAGACCUCCGAAAGUGCUGGAUGAAGACGUAUAUUCAGACGCUGUGUCACACAUCAUCGCGCGGGACUUCUUUCCGGGGCUACUGGAGACCGGGGCGCAACAGGAGUACAUGGCAGCGCUGGACAGCGACAACAAUGACUGGAUUCGCGAAGCCGGGCGGAAGUUGACACAGGUUAUGACUCCAGGUCCUGAGGGCCGGCGGAGAAUGGGAAGAGGGACGAGCUUCACGCCGCGACGGACUACUUUAGCUAGGGAGACACCGCGAGGUUAUGCUGGUAGUACUCCAGCGCGGACACCAAUGCGGACACCAGCGACCCCAGUGAACAACGACUUUGCUCCAGAAGAGACGCCCGAGGUAGAUGUGAACAUGUCUCUGGACGCUUUUCAAGCCAAGUAUACUUCAGAGGACAAUGAGAGCUUCAACGCAUUAUUGGACAAGCAGAACGAGAGGAGAGCGGCCAAGUACGAAUUCUUCCACAACGGCAACAAGAUCCUGGCACCAAGACAAAUCGCACACCGAGAGAGGCAGCAGAAGCUAUUGGAAAACGGCACAAGUACUUCUACCGCGUUGGUGACGAAGAACUCUGCGGGCGAGCAGAGGUUGGCGGUUGCCUCAGCUGGCCCCUCAGAAGAUCUAAGCGCUCGACCUGCUUCUGUCGAGAGCUUUAGAGACCGCCAGGGACCGCGGAACCCAUUCAUGUUUGGACCUGAGAGCAUAGAAGACUCGUCUAUGACAGAGGCGCAAAAGGCUCAGGAUCGUUCGGCCGCACCACCUAAAGCCGUCUCCCUCACUAGCACUCGUUUUAUCACGGCAGCCGCCCCCACAGGUGACCUGACCAUUCCUCCUAGCCCGAGCGUGAGUGCUAUAGACGCAGCUAUCUCAGGUCGACCAAAAGCAACAGAGUCUGAGUCCGGGUAUCAUGGAGCUGAGACCCCUCGAGUGAACGGCUACGCGUUCGUGGACGCUGAGCCAACGCCAUCAGAGAUCGGAGUACCCAUCACGGACGAAGAAGCAGAUGCAGCGGAGCGCGAAGCGGCAAUGCAGUUCCUGCCCAUAGCUGAUGCGGACGGCGGCAGUAACCCCUUCAACCUGCGGGAGCGCAGCAAGCGUGAAGAUCUGCACAUGCGACUUGUGGAGAAGGCGGAUGCUGGGCGAAGGAAGGAGAAAGGCGGGAGUAGGCUUGACCAGCUACGGAGUCUUGGUAUCACGCCUGCAAGGACUCCAACGCCCAAAUUUGCCAGUGCGCCAAAGAAAGGUGCAGCGAUGACACCGGCUGCGCAAAGACUGGCUGGCCAGCUCGGUACUCCAAAGAAGGAGAACGAUGUCUUUGGUGCAGCUAAAGGUCAAUGUAGAAGCUGGACUCCGACACCGCGAGUGAAGCGGACGACGUGA